AUGACCAGCAGCCACCAGCCACGCACCUACUACACCCUGCUCGACAUCCCCCAGGAUGCAAGCCCCAAGGAGAUCGAGAAAGCCUACAAGCGCCAGGCGCUCAUCCACCACCCCGAUCGGAACCCCAACGACUCGCAGACGCAGUCGACCAACAAGUUCCAGAAACUGGCCGAGGCAUACGAAGUCCUCAGAGACCCGGCCAAGCGGCGCAAGUACGAUCUGAAGGUGGCCAGCACCAUCGCCCUCCACUCCUCCGCCACCGACUACCCGCCCCGCCCCGCCAGCCAGCAGUCCAACACCCGCCCCGCCAACCACCAGCCCAAGCGCUCCUCCACCUUCGACCUCUUCGCCUACCCCGGCGAGGCCCCCAGACACGUGCCCCCGCCCAGCCGUCGCCCCCCCUCCGUCGUCCCCGCCGGCCCACCCCGCUCAGCUGCCCCCUCCGUCCACGACCCGAUAGCCCAGGCUCGCCCCGCCCCUCAAGGCCCCACCUGCUCCACCACCGCCCCUUUCCACCCCGGCCACGCCCGAGACAUGUCCAGCUCGGCCCCCGACCCGUACCUGACCUUCGAGCGCGCCUGGGGCCAGAGUCUGGACGGGCUGGUCGACGGGCUCGGCGCCCGGGAGCCCGCGCGGCGCGCCGCCGCCCGCAAGUCCCACACCGAGCCCAUCCUCCUCGACCCCGCCUGCCCCGUCCACCGCUCGGCCACCGUCCGCAGCGCCGACGCGGCCGACCACCCCGGCCGCGCCCCGCGCCCCGGACGCCCCCGCUCCGCCGGCGGGCCCCCCGAGAUGUGGUGUGCUAGUCCCACGGCCGACGACAGAGCCUACGGCCCCCCAUCCCGCCGCGCCUCCCACGCCUUCCUCCAUCCUCCGCCCCCGCACGACCCGCCGCGCUUGUUCCGCUACCCGUCCCCCGGCCCCCCGCGCCGUCCUUCCAUCCCAGCCCCCCGGCCCGCCGACGCCCCCCGUCACCAUCGGCCCAGAGCCGCAACCCUCGUCCCCGAGUAUCCCCCCGGUCCAAGCGGCCCAAAGCAGAACGGACUCGGCAGCGCCUUCAAGGAGGUCAUCAUCCGCUUCGAGCGCCAACACGACGGCUCCACCAGCCUCAGUCGCGAGCGGUUGGAAGCCACUGUCCAGGCAAAUGAUGAGCCGCGGCCGCCUGCCUUCAGCACCCGGCUCGGAUGCCCGGGCUGGAUUGUGCCUGCUGCCAAGGAGAGGAGAGACGAGUACUUGAGUGGCGGAGGCUGCGGACGGCAGGAGGAUGCGGACUGCGUGGAGGAUCCGAGAGUUGGCGAAGCCCGAGGGCCGGUGGACGCACCACCCACCACCACACACAACCAGGACCGGACCGAGAAGAAAAUGCGAGCAGGAUUAGGCCGAGCACUGCGUCUACGAGGCCCGUCAUUUCAGCCCAGUCGACGAGGAUAUGUCGGCCAGCUGAUCACGCCGAGCAGCUCGGAGAUCUCGGUGCCGAGGGAACGGACGGCAUACGAGUACAAGGCGUUGGACGAGCCGGACCCCCAGCUCGACGGCCUCGGAUACCCCCGCGUGCCUUCGUAUUCUCGCCAGUGGAGGAACGCUUAUGCUAAGUGGGACGACCCGCAAGAACGAUGCAACCUCGACGAGCCCUUGCAUGCGGAGGAAGAGAUGAUGGGCAUCUGGGCCCCCGACGUUCACCGCAUCUCCGUCUCCUCGGCCCUAGUCAAUCUGGCGGUGGCGUUCACAGGCUUGGGCCUCGUCCUGGCCACCGCCGCCUCCCUGGCCCCCUCCUCUCCCGUCGUCCCACGAACCUUUCCGUUCGACGGCUUGACCAAAGAACUCGGCGGCCCCGGCCAAGGCGUCAAGCAGGCCUCGCCUAGCGCCGAAGAAUCCGACUGA